CUCAUCACUGACAUGGAAAAAUUCUACAGAUCUGUUAAGGUUGUCAAGCCACCAUCCAGCAGAUGUGACUCCUCAGAAAUAUUCUUACUGGGUAAAAAGUUUUGUGGUUUGGGAACGAAUGCCUCCCAAACUGAAGCUGUAUCGACACCAGUUGAGAUAUAACACCGGAUGACAGUCGGGCCCCACCAGAUGGCAGGAUUGGUGUAUCUUCUGCUAGCAUUGACAAGCAGCAUCUAUGCAAUUCACCUACAGUUCAAGAUCAUCCCAAGGCAGUUGUUUAGACACAAUGAAAGCUUUCAGAAAAUGGGGAAGAAUAGAGCCAAGACACUGAAGAAAACAGGUGACAGAGAAAGAAAAAAUGCUGGCUUACUUUCUGGGCCUGUUUUAUCCUCACUUGAAUUCGAAGGCUUGGCUGGCUUCGAGGAAGUAUCAUCAUGUACAUUGAUGAAACUAUCCAAACAAGGGCAAGUACAAAGGGAAGUUUGGGAAGAUGGGAAAAUAGUUAAGAAGAAGAAAGAGAAGGAAAGGAAAGAAAACACAGCAGUUGGGCCUGAAUGUGAAAUCAUCAGUGACACCAAAAAAGAAAGGAAGAAAAAGAAGAAGAAAACAAAAACUUUAAAUUCAGGUACACAAGCACAAAGUAAUACAGAUAGUAGUACUUCUACAAUUGAGGGUGAAGAUAAGAAUGAAGGAGUGAAUGUACAUACUACUAAAGUAGAUACAUUAAAGAAAACUGGUGAUGUCAUUCAAGGAGAGGAGGCUAACAUUCCAGCAACAAAAACAACAAAAAAGAGAAAGAAACAGCAGCCACAUAUAGGAAUAAAUACAACUACUCCAACAAAGAAAGCUUGUUAUGACAGAGCCACAUGCCAUAAGAAAGAUCAAUUACCGACUAAAAAAGUAGAUGUUUCUGCAUGGGAGGAAGUGUUUGCUCCACCCCCAGUGUUGGAAGCCUUGGCAGAGUUAGGCUUCUCACAACCCACAGAGAUCCAGAAACUUGUCCUCCCUGCUGCCAUAAAAGGUCUCAGGGAUAUCAUUGGUGCUGCUGAGACUGGGAGUGGGAAAACUCUAGCAUUUGGCAUUCCUAUUAUAAAUGGGAUCCUUAAUGAUAAGAUGCGUGAAGCAGAGCAAAAUGAUAGUGGUGUAGAAAACAGUGAUGUUGAAUUUGAACAAAAUGAUUAUCAAUUUGAGCAAGAUGGCCAGACUGAAGAAAAUGUUAAGGACCUUCAAGAUUCUGACAUUAGCACUGAUGAGGAAGGUGAUGAUGAGGCUGUAAGUAAAGAGAUUUUAGAAGCAGAUGAUAGUCAAUCUGAUGAAAAUAGUGAUAAAGAGGAAUUUAAUGAUGAAAACAGUGAUAAUGAGGAAUUGAAUGAUGAAAACAGUGAUAAUGAGGAAUUGAAUGAUGAAAACAGUGAUAAUGAGGAAUUGAAUGAUGAAAACAGUGAUUAUGUGGCUGAAGAUGAAAGUGAAGAUCCUAUCCAAAGUUUAGGGUGUGUAAAGGUUAUAGAUGAUGCUGAUUUUGACUUUCUGGAGAAGGAGGAUACCAAGAACACUAAGAAAUCCCAGGGGAAGCUCAGGGCACUCAUCAUAACACCAACUCGUGAACUUGCAGUCCAGGUGAGAAGUCACUUGGCAGCAGUACUAGUGCAUACUGAUAUCAAGACUGCUGUAGUGAUGGGUGGUGUGGCAUCUCAAAAACAAGAACGUUUACUUCGGCGUGGUCCAGAUAUUGUAGUUGGGACCCCAGGGCGUUUGUGGGAAUUAAUCCAACAAGGGAAUAAGCACCUCGGUCAAAUUCCAGAUAUUCGGUAUCUGGCUGUAGAUGAAACAGAUCGUAUGGUCGAACGUGGACAUUUUCAGGAAUUAACACAACUUCUCGAAAUGAUAAAUAGCAACAAAUCUGCCAAGGAACAGCGGCAAACUUUUGUUUUCUCGGCAACGCUCACCAUUGUUCACUCUGCACCAAGGAGGUUAAAUAUGAAGCGGAAGGUAGUGAAAAUGACAUCCGAGCUAAAAAUUGAUCAGCUAGCAAAGAUAAUUGGUGUGAAGUCUAAUCCAAAGAUAGUUGAUGUGACACGGAAGUUUGGAACAGCUGAGAGUUUAACGGAGGCAAGGAUUAACUGUGAUAAGGAAGAGAAAGAUAUUUACCUGUACUACUUCCUGAAGUGUUUCCCAGGCCGAACCUUAGUCUUUUGCAACAGCAUUGAUUGUGUACGAAGACUACAGAACCUUUUUGCUCUGCUUCAAUGUCAGCCACAGUCACUCCACGCCUCACUGCCACAGAAACAACGCCUCAAGAGUUUAGAGAAGUUUUCAGGCAAUCCUCAUGCAUUGUUAUUGGCCACAGAUGUUGCUGCUCGUGGUCUGGACAUUCCUAACAUCCAGCACGUCAUUCAUUAUCAUGUACCACGCACCGCUGAGACAUACAUCCAUCGCAGUGGUCGAACUGCUCGAGCCUACCAAGAGGGAUUAAGCAUCCUUUUGAUUGAGUCUUCAGAACUUAAGAAAUACCGUCAGCUGUGUCAUACACUUAACCGGGCCACUGAUCUGCCACCAUUUCCUGUAGAUGCAAAUGUUAUGAGUCAAGUGAAGAGUCGGAUUACCUUGGCACGCACAGUAGAAAAAUUGGAACAUAAACAUCGCAAGACCCAUGCUGAGAAGGAGUGGUUUAGAAAAGCUGCAGAGGAAGCAGAACUAGUAUUUGAAGAAGAUGAAUAUGAUGAAGAUCAUGAAAGAGAGAAGUCCAUGAAAGCUGCUCAUGACAAACGUGAUCUUCAGAAUAAACGUUCAGUACUGAUGAAAAUGCUUGCAACACCUUUCAUACCUUCCAGUUUUUCUGGAAAGUACCCAACUCAAACGGGCUUUCUUGUUGUGCCAAACCGUGCAGGGUCAAAAUUGUCUAACACAAAGAAUGAGGACUCAAAUAAAGCAUUAUCUAUUAUGAAAAAGGAGUCAAAAGAAUAUUCAAAGCUUCUGAAGACUAUUAAUAUUAAGGCUCCUGUAAAGAGAGUAAGUAAGAAGAAAUUUAAAGGUUCUGACAAGAGAAAAAAUAAAGUGUCAAAAAUGAACUGAUUAGUUCUUGAAAAAAGUCUGACAGUUCACUAACCGUGUUUAUUUCUCUUUACUGAAGUAUUUUUACUUGUGGUUGAAGUACUAUAUGUAAAAAUCUAGUGUAAACUUAAAUUAAAUUGUAUUUGGAA